CCGUGAUACCGCCGGCACACCGGGAACCGUCAGGCAAGCCAGAAUAAUUUCUGUUCCUCCUCCGCCAUGGAUCCGUUCCAUGCUAAACUCGUAGCUGCGGCGUCGGGGUCAACGAUGACCGCACUUACAAUGACUCCUUUUGACGUCGUGAAGACCCGUCUUCAGACUCAACCUAGGGUGCCUCUCUUUUCACCACCACCACUUAAUAAAUGCUGUCAGCCAGCACAUAUACCUUGCGUACGCAACAUGUCCUCGUAUGCACGUCCGCUAGCCACAGAAGAGGUCGUCUGUAUUUUCGAUCACGGCGUAUACCGCACAGAACGUGUGAAUGGGUUCUUGGAUGCUGUCCGCCAUGUAUGGCGAGCAGAAGGUAUGAGGGGAUUAUGGAAAGGUGCUGGCACAACACUACUCAUCGGCGUUCCCUCAUCAUCGAUAUACAUGCUCACUUAUGACCAUCUUCUACGAAAUGUACUCCCUCCCCUUAUUCCCUCCCCUACGUUCAUCCCUCUCGUAGCUGGUAUUACGGCUCGCGCUUCUCUUACUUCCCUAUUCUCACCACUAGAGCUCAUACGAACCAACCUGCAAUCGACUCCAGCAUCCCCCGACAAACCACAUACACUUCCAUCUGUCCUUGCUUCCGUGCGUUCAAUCGUCCAGAAACAAGGCAUCUCCUUCCUAUGGCGUGGUGUUGGUCCUACCUUGUGGCGUGAUGUACCUUUUAGCGGCAUAUAUUGGGCGGGCUACGAGGCUUGGAAAGGAUUUUUCGAGAGCCGAGGAAAGAAGGGGGCAUACGUUGCCUUUGCAUGCGGUGCUAUCAGUGGGACAACCGCGUCAUUAGUAACUUCACCCUUCGAUGUUUUGAAAACCCGACGGCAAGCGCUUCUCAUGACUGGAACCAUGUCAUCACAGACUACAGCUACGAUACCGCUGUUGGCUCAUAUCGUUCGCACUGAAGGCACCGCUGCCUUGUUUGCUGGCGUUCUUCCUCGUACAGCCAAGAUUGCCCCAGCUUGCGGGAUCAUGAUUGCAUGUUUUGAGGGAGUUGGCAAAUUUUUGGAGAAGGAGCAAGACUAGCUAGACCUAUAUUAUAUUUUCAUGGAGCAUCAAUGCAUCGUCAUCAUCAUCAUUAUCAUCAUCAUCUACAUUAAUUCAAUGUGUUCUAGAUGUUAACUAUUGGUAUAUGUGUAGCACUUCGUACAUCCCUACUCAAAAUUGGAAAACCGCCCUGAUCUCACUCAUCCCAGGCGGUUGAGCUGCUUCUUUGCGCUGCUCAGUUUACCCCCAACACGUUCAACAUCGUU